AAGAAAUAAAACAAGAAAGCGUAGGUAGAAGACAACAAACUGGAGUAAUACAGAAAACACCCACAAGGCACCAACCCUCCGAUUCCAAUAUAAAAACACACUCAUAUAAGUUGACGCAAUACGAACGAGAGAGAGCAGCAGUGUUGAAGUAACACAGUGUUUGGUAAGGGAAGCUUAGAAUAUAGUAUAUUAGAUUCUCUCUCUCUCUUUCCCCAUGGCUACGCGGUUGUUGUGGGCUUCAAGAGCUGCUUCUUACCUCAGGAUCUCAGUUUUCCAUAGAGGGUUUUCUUCUGUUAUAAAGGAUUUGAAGUAUGCUGACAGUCAUGAGUGGGUGAAAGUUGAUGGAAAUUCUGCUACUGUUGGUAUAACCGAUCAUGCUCAAGAUCAUUUAGGUGAUGUCGUAUAUGUUGAAUUACCAGAAGUGGGUGCUUCUGUAAAGCAGGGUGACAGUUUUGGUGCAGUUGAAAGUGUUAAGGCUACAAGUGAUGUCAAUUCUCCUAUUUCUGGCAAAGUUGUUGAAGUCAAUGAAGAACUGAACAGCUCCCCUGGUUUGGUAAACUCAAGCCCGUACGAGAAAGGAUGGAUUAUAAAGGUCAAUAUCAGUGAUGUUGAUGAGCUAAAGAACUUGAAGGAUGCAGAUGAGUACUCAAAGUUCUGCGAAGAAGAAGAUAAGCAUUGAUGGGAUCUCCAUGUUGAACAUUAGGCACACUCAUCCGAAAGGGCAUGUGUCCUAUGGUUGCUUGACUUGAGAGAAUACACAUUUCUGUCUUGAUACUUUUAUCCAACCAUGUGUUUAUCUCUAUUCCCUUUAUUCAGAAUGAUACUAUCAAGUAAGCUCUGCCAACAUUUUAAAAAAAAUAAUAAUCAUUUUGGAUUUGCAUCAGUGUCAUGGCAAAGUAGGCUGUCGACAAGUGUUGGUCAUUAAGUUUUGAAUAUUUGAUGCAAUUUUCAGAAGUAAGAGAUAAGAAGUGCAAGCUUUGGAUGGUGUUUGCCAUCCAUUAUUCUCUGGAAUUUUGAAUAGCUAACUAAGAACAUGAGAAGUUUAUUUUA